AAUCAGUUCGACUCAUCCACCCUUUACAACACACCUACACCUCCAUACCUUACAAUUUUCUCAUAGCCGAACGACCCGUAUCGACUCUCACCAACAUGCCUGUCCACGAAGCUGAGGAGUACGCCAGCGGUAGCAUUACCGACAAGGUCGCUAAGGAAUCUUCCGACAGCAACGCAUCUGACCAUCCUCUGCAUUCCGGUGACACUGGCGCCACGUCCGGUGGUAAAGAAGGGAAGGCUUCUGCUGCGGACCACUCUGCCCCUCCUGGACCUGUUAUGGCAGAAGGGUUGGGCGAGCCAGCUAGCAAGGAGGAGCUUAAAGCGAGGGCCGCUGAGCUGAACAAAUAGAAGGCCUAGACUUUCAUGAUGCAAC